AACGUGAGGUGGCGGCAGGGCGGGCCCGGAGCCUGCGCGAGCGAAGGGAGGCAGCUGUUCGCUCUCCUCAUCGCAGCUGCGAGCAAUGUCGAAUAGCAACCAGGAAAGCUCCCUUAAACGGGCCCGGCCCACCAGCCCGGCCGAUGGCUUCUGCACGCCUGAAAAGCGCGGCGCUACAGCUGCGGGCUCGGCGGCUGAUGCUAAGUUCCACCUUCGGUAUUGGACCACGGAGCAGCUGUGCGCCUUCCUCCAGCGCCAGGGCUUCGAAGCUGCGGAGCUGCACUGCUUUCGAGAAAAUAGAAUAACCGGUUCAACUGUAACAUCUCUCACUGGAUCUCAUCUUGAAAACAUGGGAAUUCGAGCUGUAGGCGUGAGACUGAAGCUACUAGAUUGUGUGCGCCACCUGGCACAAAGUCACACUGAUAUACCAAAGGUAUUUAAUGAUCCAAUCCAUGGUCAUAUUGAAAUGCAUCCUCUUCUUGUUCGCAUCAUCGACACGCCUCAGUUUCAACGUCUACGAUAUAUUAAGCAGUUGGGUGGCAGUUACUAUGUCUUCCCGGGAGCAACACACAAUCGCUUUGAACAUUCUCUUGGCGUUAGUCAUCUCGCAGGCCGUUUGGUGCAGGCAUUGCAAGAACGACAACCUGAACUGUGUAUUGAUCAGAGGGAUAUUCUGUGUGUUCAAAUUGCUGGACUUUGUCAUGAUUUGGGUCAUGGACCAUUUUCACAUAUGUUUGAUGGAAGAUUCAUUCCACUUGCUCGUCCAGGAUUAAAAUGGAAGCAUGAGCAGGCUUCUGUUCAGAUGUUUGAACACUUGAUCACCUCCAAUGAGCUAAGACCAGUCAUGGAAUAUUAUGGUCUCAAGUUGGAUGAGGACAUAGAUUUUAUCAAAGAACAGAUAGAAGGUCCUAUUAUGGAGAAAAGUGUGGACUCCAAGUGGUUUUACCGUGGUCGUUCCAAAGAAAAGAGUUUUCUUUACGAGAUAGUGACUAACAAAACAAGUGGCAUUGAUGUUGAUAAAUGGGACUACUUUGCCAGGGAUUGUCAUCAUCUUGGAAUUCAAAACAAUUUUGAUUAUGAGCGCUUCAUUAAAUUUGCUCGUGUGUGCCGAGUGGGAAAAAUGAUGCAUAUCUGUACCCGUGACAAGGAGGUUGGAAAUUUGUAUGACAUGUUCCACACACGAAACUGUCUGCACCGCAGAGCUUAUCAGCACAAAGUUGGCAACAUUAUUGAAACCAUGAUUACUGAUGCCUUUUUAAAGGCUGAUCCACAUAUCAAAAUAAAGGGCUCUGGUGGAAAACUGUACCGGAUCUCUACAGCACUGGAAGACAUGGAAGCCUACACCAAGCUGACAGAUGAAAUAUUUUUACAGAUUCUACAUUCUGAUGAACCAGAGCUGAGUGAUGCACGGAACGUUCUGUGUAAAAUAGAGCAGCGCGAUCUCUUUAAAUUCCUGGGAGAAACACAGCCACCAGAGGGCAAGGAGAUUAAAAAGGAAGAGUAUGAUGGAUUGUCUGCUGAUAUUGUUAAUUCCAAACCUAACACAGUCUCUCAAGAUGUGGAAUUGAAGGCUGAAGAUUUUAUCGUUGAUGUUAUUGAUAUGGAUUACGGAAUGAAAAAAUAUAACCCCAUCAAUUAUGUUCGUUUCUACUGCAAGUCUGACAUCACUCAGGCAGUUAAAAUUACCAAAGAACAAGUUUCAAAGCUGCUCCCAGAAAAAUUUGCAGAACAGAUUAUCAGGGUUUAUUGUAAGAAAAAGGAUGCAAAGAUAAUUGCUGCUGCUACACAAUAUUUUGUUCAGUGGUGUAUGAUUAAGAAUUUCACUAAGCCACGGGAUAGUGAUAUCGUUGCUCCAGGAAUUACUCCAAUGAAAAAAGAGUGGAAUAAAGAUGAUGAAAAUCAUGAUUCAAACAAAGAGAGUGGAGCUUUAAAGUGUAAAACAAAACUUUUUAAAUAUUGAGUUACCAUAUUGCUUCAAUUCUGUGUGUUUGUAUAUCUCUCUCCGUGUGUAUGUAUUCUAGCCAAGUUUUCUUCAAAAAGGAAUAUUCUGUAAAAUUACAGAGUAAGCCUGUAUAAUGCCUUUGAAAAGCUACAGUGGAAUUUACCAAUUUUCCUAUAUUGUUAAUUUAAGUCUAUGUUAUAAAAGUCAUUGUUCUGUAAAGCAAACUUAUAAAAGUGCCUCAGUGUUUAAUAAUCAAGAAACUGAAAGAUAGAUGUCAAUUUUAAAACAUAAAUCCAUUUUCUAAAAUAUUCAGAAUAUUUCACUGAAUCCAACAGUGACUUUAUACUAGCAUAAAUUGUCUAUACUUUCACAAGGAAGGGUAACAAUUUUCAUCAGUCCUUCUUUUCUCCUGUACUGUUCGAAAUGCCCCACUGCCCAGGCCCUUGUUUUGUCAGAAAUGCUUUCUCAAGGGAUGGGGAGACAGGUAUAGUAAGCAGGCCUGGCUGACAAAAAUUGGAUACCUUAAUAUUCACAAGCAUAUUCUUUCCACUAGUGCAAACCAUCAACUGUGAACUGAACCAGUGGAUAAAAUCCAUAGUUUCCCUAUCUGAGUAAAUAUAUAAAAUAAACUUAAGAGGGAGGAAAGAUCUUGGCUACUUGCUUGCAAUUCAUAUAUUUUUCUGUAAAAGUGAUUGUUCCAUGAUUCUUUAGCUCUUUUAGAUCAUGACAUAAUGUAUAUUGAUUUAGAGCUAAACAUGUAUUGACA